UGAGGACAGGAUUGGCUGGCAGCAUGCCUGGAAGAAGGGGGCGUGGGCAUCAGCUGAUUGAUAGAGAUCGGAAGUGGAGGAGGAGGAUGAGGGGUGAGGAGGAGGAAGAGGAGGAGCAAGAGGAGGAGCCGGAGGAGACGAUAAAUCCACGAUGAGCCGGCUCUGCUACAGACAACAAGUGUUCAAGAGAGAGAGAGAGAAAGGAGGGCGAGGGAGGAUAGAACGAGGCUACUCUGCAACAGAGAGAGAGAGAGUGACGGGACAGAAGAGAGCGAGAGGAAAAGGACGUUACCACGGCAACUCGGGGGACGUCGCUGCAGGGACGAGGACACCAGCACACACAGGUUGAAGAAAUGAUGAGCAGAUGGAGGAUAGAAAGAUCAUGAAGGACUUCUGAUGGGCACUUUGAUGGGCACCAGGAGGUCGAGGGACCCUUUGCACAAAUAGCAAAGGGCCUCAGAAAAGGAAGAUCAAAACCUUUAGGUCACUCCGUUGUCAACAUGUCUCAGGCAGGUAAAGUCCUUCACCUGUACGUAGAGGUGAGGUCUGUUGCUGAGGACGAAGGAAAGGUGCUGGGAAGAGGAACUGAUGGGACUGGUCACCUGAUGCUUCAGUGUCCAGACGUCCUCCCACAUCCCCAGAGGAGCUCCACCCACUCCAGUCCCAACCGCAGUCCAGCUGUUUCCCCAGACGCUCAGCAUCACACUGGGAACCACAGCUUAGCCCGUUCAAAGUCCUCCUCCAGGCACUCAGUCAGCUUCCAACUCCAAAACCCUGAUGCACCAGGAUCUCCCGCCCAGUUCCAUCGACAGGAUGUGUUGUCUGACAGUUUUGGGCAGUUACUCCAGGUCCUUGCACCUGGAACAAAUAGUCAAGGCCAGCAUGGCUCCCUGGGACGCACCCGUUCCUCAGACUUGGAUCCCUACCAGGGAAAGGUGCUUAUCUCCCCAUCUUCUACAUGCUCGGGGAGGCUGAGUGUACCCUCCACUCCCACCGGCAACCGUAGGUCCUGUGAGAUCCCAGCGGUGGGGGGUGAGGAGGGGAGGACAUCUGUGGUUACCUUUGGCUACAUAGAGAAAGCUAAUGUCCACAGCAUGGGCAGCCGGCGUACUUCUGUGUGCCAAAGUGAGUUGGACAAUCCUGUGAACAGAAUAGAGGGGCAGCCGCUGCCUGCCCAUCUCCGGAAACGGCUGAGUGACCCAGUGUGGUACAACGGUCAGCCGGCAACGGGCAACCCUUACCCUGAUCACCCCUACCUAUCCCAGAAUCAGUCCCCACGGGGCUCGCCUUACCUGCAGAGGGCUGCCCUGGAGGCAGUAGCCGGAGAUGCCACCCACAGGGCCUUGGAGGAGUUUGGAUCCCCAGAUCUCAGACGGCGAUUUGCCGGUCAUGGCUCAGAGAACUGCAGCCCCACCCUUCCACGGCACUACCAGUCCCCUCGCUGCCGGUCCUGGGGGGGGUCACCUGUCCUGCCUCGCAGCACCCUCACCCUGCCAUCCAAGGCCCAGCUCUCAGAGCUGGAUAGGGGGAUCUGCCGUAGUUCAGUGAAUGGGAUACCCAGAAGUCCUGCCUCUGACCACCUGUGUACCCACACUGGAUACUCCUCCCACUCAGCGGCUCCAACCUCAGCACUUCACUCACAUGGCCCCCCCCAGAGCCCGCAGAGGCCACGGCUCGGGGAUGAGAGCUCCAAGUUUUCCACCAAAUUUCAUCCACCUUUACCUGCAGGGAGACCUACAGACAUCCAGCAUGGGAUUCCAACGAGCAGAUUCCCCACCAGCCACCAGCCCAGUACAGGCUACCGAACCAGUGGGAACUCCCAACACAUUGUUAAUAGUAGCUAUAAAGCUAACAUCACCAACACCAGUAAUAACGCUAGAGACAGUACACAGUACAGUGCUCACGAUAAGAGUCACUACAAAUCGUCACGCUGCAGCAGCAGAGCCAGUGAUCAUUCAGCAGUCAGCCCCACCAACGGCAGGAGAAGUGUCUCCCCAUCCUCAAACACUGAACUGGCUUGUAAGUUAGCCGUGGAGGCUACCAAACUGUCCUCCAUCUUUGCAGGCAGACGGACUCCCUCUCCAACACCUUCUCAAGCUGAGUCGCUGCUGUCAGAGAGUCCCAAGAUGGGAGGGUCAUUCCUCAGUGAAUCCCACCCGCACGCCACCCUUCAAGGGCAAAACUCCCAUGAACCCCUGCAGGCAGAUAACCAGAACCACAGAUGGAAAACAGACAAACCGAUACCUCAAACCAGACCAGGACGUGUCAACCCCUUCUUGUCCCAGACAGGCCUCUCUCCAUCUCCAGGUUUACCGGCGAGGUUGCACCGAGCUGCCGCUUCGCAGUCUCCAGUUUUAGACCCAAGGAGUUCAUCACUCAGUACAGACAUGUCCAACCUGCACCGCUACCAGCCACCACAGUACACUGGGGACCACAAAUCACCUGGCAUGGAGAGGAAGCAGUAUGAUCACCUCUUUGAUCGAUCACCCAGUGACAGCCCUGAACUCUCCAGGAGACACCUCUCCAGCCAAAACACAGAGGGUUUACCCGUGAGCUGGACCUCCAGGCAGCAGGAGUGGAGGGAGACUGGACCAGUCCGGGACCGAGACGAACUCUGUGAAAAAGACCACAGACAGUCAACCUUUAGAGUUUACACUCCAAGCAAGGAUGGAGAUGACAAAGAGGUGAAGACGUCAGUGCAGGGGAACCAGAGGUCAGUUGUAGACAUAUCCAAGGAUCAGAGGGAGGAGGUCCAGGAUCACAGCGGGGCUGGAGGGACGUCCUCUCAGAGCUCCAGUGGGGUGACCGGCAGCAUGGGAGACAGUUCCCAGCUGGACAGAAACGACAGUUUGUUCCCCGAAACUUCAAGUCAGUCGAGCCACGACACGGCGGACACCGGCUCUGGGAUACAGUCGGACAGCGGCUCAGCGACGAUUCCGUCCUCACGGUCGCUGAAGAUCGCCCGAGCCAAGUGGGAGUUCCUGUUUGGAGGCCAGACAGAGGACAGCCGCUGCAGUAAAGCAGACGCCCCGCCCACUACGCCACCGACCAGCUGCUCACCCAGCCCCACCCCUCCCUCCUCCUUCCAUCUUAAGCAAGCCAAUCAGAGGAGGGGGCGGGACAAAGAGGGUCAAAAGUUGUCGCAUCACAAAGUGCGGCAGAUCGAGGUGGAGCUGGUGACUCCUAACCCCCUAGGCACCAACCCCAAGACGGGCAUCAUCCGCCGGACCGUCAAAUAUUCUGAAACGGAUCUGGACGCCGUUCCACUGCGCUGCUACAGGGAGACCGACCUGGACGAGGUGAUGCGGGCAGAGGCGGAGGCAGCAGAGGAGGUGGAGGAAGACUCAGCCUUUGGGAGUAACCGCAGCUUCCUGGGAAACUCCACCUUCAGUCCCGCCGAUGCCUCCCCGAAACCCCGGACAGGUGGAGGGAAGGAAGGGGGCGAGGAAGAGGAAGAGGAGGAAGAGGAGGACGAGGAGGAGGAAGGUGUGGUGAGCUGGGCCAGUGUCAGGAUGCAGGGAGACAAACAGAGACAGAGAGCCACCAGAGAAGAAGACGAGGUGUUCAGUCUGCUGCUGAAGGGGCCGUUGGAGGCGUCGUCUGACACCCACGGCGGCCUCAAGUCUCCCAUCUCCGUCGGCAGCCCCCGCCGACCCUCCGACAGCAACCUCGACUCCUUCAGCCGCCAUUUUGAAAGCAUCAUAGAGUCUCACCGGGCUAAAGGAACCUCGUACAGCAGCUUGGACAGCGUGGACCUUCUGACCUCUGGAUCCACGUCUGUGUUCACCUUCGACCUGCCGACCCUGACCCCGGAGAUCCAGAGUCAGAUCUGUGACAGUGCCAAGCAGAUCAUUGAGCUGAGUUUCGCCCCGCUGGCCCGCCCGGACCCGGCCGCCCCCUCGGAGACGUCUCGCUCCGAAAUCACCCUCAGUGCCUCGGGGGCGGGGCUCCGAGGCGGUUCCAAAGACGACUCCGGGCCUCCGGUCCGGUCCAGGUCGGAGAAAGAUUCGUGGCGUCGCUCAAGCGUCAAAGACGGCUUCCGAAAGGCGAGCUCGGCCCCCUCCCUCCACAGCAGCCCCAGGGAGCGUCCGGUGAACCGCCCCCCCGAGCUGCUGUACCCGCAGGCCGACGUGGCGGAGCGACUGGCGCUCGGCGGCAGCGACGAUGCGUUGGCCAACGGCACGAAGGCUGACCUGCAGGCCGCCAAACGUCUCGCCAAACGCCUCUACAACCUGGACGGCUUUAGGAAGUCUGAUGUCGCCCGACACCUCGGCAAGAAUAAUGAGUUCAGCCAGAUGGUGGCAGAAGAAUAUCUCAGUAACUUUAACUUCACGGGUCUGACCAUCGACCAGGCGCUCAGGACGUUUCUGAGACAGUUUGCUCUGAUGGGAGAAACUCAGGAGAGAGAAAGAGUCCUCGCUCACUUCUCCAGGAGAUACAGACAGAGCAACCCUGAGAGUCUGGACACUGAAGACAGCGUCCACACUCUGACCUGUGCUGUCAUGCUGCUGAACACAGACCUUCAUGGGAACAACGUUGGGAAGAGGAUGUCCUGCAGUCAGUUCAUCUCCAACCUGGAAGGUCUCAACGAUGGAAAAGACUUCCCCAAAGAUCUGCUGAAGACUCUCUACAGCUCCAUCAAGAACGAGAAGCUUCAGUGGACCAUUGAUGAGGAGGAGUUGAGGAAGUCAAUGUCGGAGCUGGCUGACGUCCGAACAGACUCCGCCUCCCACACCAUGAAGCGCCUGGGCAGCGGAGGAAACCCGCUGGUGGGUGUCGCCCAUCAGGCCGACGGCGAGCUCUACAAGAACGGCUUCCUGGUCCGGAAAGUCCACGCCGACCCUGACGGAAAGAGAACGCCACGGGGUAAGAGGGGCUGGAAGUCUUUCUACGCCAUGCUGAAGGGUCUGGUGCUCUACCUGCAGAAGGACGAGUACCGUGCGGAGCGAGAGCUGACGGAGGAGGACGUGAAGAACGCCGUGUCCAUCCAUCACUCUCUUGCCAUGAGAGCAGCUGACUACAGCAAGAGACCCAACGUCUUCUACCUGAGGACGGCCGACUGGAGGGUCUUCCUGUUCCAGGCUCCGAACGCUGAGCAGAUGCAGUCCUGGAUCACGCGCAUCAACGUGGUGGCGGCCAUGUUUUCAGCUCCUCCAUUCCCGGCGGCGAUUGGUUCUCAGAAGAGAUUCAGUCGUCCUCUGCUGCCGGGGUCCAACACCAAACUGUCCCAGGAGGAGCAAGUCAAGUCCCACGAGAACCGGUUCAGGGCGGUUUCCUCCGAGCUGGCCGACCUCACGGCCUCCACCCCAGACCGAAAGGUCAAAGGUCGUGAGUUGGAGGAGCAGAAACUCCGACAGGAGUACCUGGAGUUUGAGAAAACCCGUUACGGUACGUACGCCAUGCUGCUCAGAGCCAAGAUGGCGAACGGGGACGAGGACCUGACGGCCUUCGAGUCACGGCUGUUUGACGACGGCGGCCUGCAGAGGGCGCACUCCAGCCCCACACUGCCUCAGGACGUCGCCAACAAGGAGAAAACCCGCGGGACAAAGACGUCCAAGAGCUUAAAAGUCACGUCGUCUUCGUCGUCCUCGACCACCAAGAGCGGCAGCAGCAGGGAGGGAAACAGGAAGAAGAAUGGGAGCAACCAGAGGGCGGAGCCUCAGAAACAAAACAGCAAACAGGAAGAGGCGCCAUAAGAUUUAUACCGAGUGUAGCUGGAGACGGACAUGAGGCAUCAUGGGUAACAGGCUGACAUCCUCCUUUAAACCUUUUCUGUUAAACCUCAGACAGAUUCUGAUUGGCUGAGGGAGCUGAGCUGAGACGUUCAAGGUCGGCGGGAGAAAAGACGCUCGUCACGAUGGACGACGACAAACUGUCAAGUUUCACCAGGAGUGGAAACAUUCAGAAACACUGAGUGAACCUGAACACAUCACUCAACUGUCACUUAACUCCGCCUCCAAACAUCAACACUCACAACAGCUGGAGAGUUUCACAAUAAAAGCUUUAUUUCCUGGUCGAGCUUUCAUUUCAGGGACGUUGUAUUAAAAUGAUACAGACGUUAAAUAUUAGUAAUUAUCCAGUCUCCAGCUGCGUUUGACUCCAGGACCCCCCACGACCAGAACCAGGACCAGGACCAGAACCAGGACCAGGACCAGGACCAGGACCAGAACCAGGACCAGGACCAGGACCAGGACCAGGUCCAGGUCCAGGUCCAGGUCCAGGACCCUCCUGGAUCAGGUUGUUUAUAGGUACUUUUAUUUUUCCUCUCUGACAGCGACAAACACUAACCUCCUGCAUCGCCAUCACUCAGCUUCUCCUAGCAACCAACGGGGGAGCAGGUUGCCAUGCCGACCACGUGACAGACAGAGUGAGUGGGACUGUUGCCACAGCGACCAAGCAAAGGGAGGGUGAGAGGGAUGGGAUGGUGGGGUGAGACCCUGCAGUCAGGACUCCCCCCGGCCAAACAACAAGCAGACAGAUGAUACCUCCUCCUCAGUGUGUGUGCGUGCGUGUGUGUGUGUGUGUGCGUGCGUGUGUGUGUGUGUGUGUGUGUGUGUGUGUGUGUGUGCGUGUGUGUGUCUGUGCGUGUGCGUGCACGUGUGCGUGCAUGUGUGUGGAGGCUCAUCAGGGACAAAAACUACAACAACAAAUCAACUAAUUCAAACUUGAAUCAUCUGAGUUCAUUCGUUCUGUUUAUGGAACAAACAACAAAUCAGAAGGAAAAACAAACAAACAAACAAAAGGAAAUAAAAGAUGCAAUAAAAAAAUAAACAUUAAUAUUAAAAACAUCAUCAAAAGUGGAAAAAGAAAAAACUCUUUUUAAGAGUAAUUUUCUAAUAAAUAAUUAUCAGUGGUUUCUUAUUUAUUUUUUAUUGAUCAGCUGAUCGAUCAGUGGAUGAAUCUGAACUGGCAGACUGAUCAGUUUUCACUCAGUAGUUUUGUCUUUAAUGAACUUCCAUCUUUUCUCUCGAUGCUGGAAACUGAAUUAUGUUUGAAUCCGUCCACGUUGUCUCCACUGUCCUGAUCCAUGAGACCAGAAGGAGACGUGUCAGUGUGUAUUAACUGGUCAGAGGACAGGUAACAGGUAACAGGUGACGUCACCUGUGACAUGACAGAGCUGGAGACGAGAGUUUGUUGAAAGGAUUCUUUCUCUUGUCGUUGAUCUUCAGUGAAACAUUCACACUCGUCUCCUCUGUUGCUUCAUUAAAGAAAAUCUUCAGCGUGCAGUUCCCUCCUGCUGCCACCUGGUGUCUCCACACUGAAUCACUGAGGCUGUUUCUCUGGGACAUGUUCAGGUGAAAACACUGAUUUACAACAAGAAAAACAACGUCACCACAAAUGAAUCAGAAACAGAAGCACAUCAGAGAAACCAUGAACAGAACAGUUCAGUGAAAAUCUGUUCUAAUAAAAGCUUCCACAUUAUUCCCUCAUUAACAUAUUUAAACGUCUGAGUUUGUCAAAAAUCCAGAGAAUUCAUUCACUGUAAUUUAAGACCAAGAAAAUUCUCACAUUUAAGAACCUGGAACCUUAAAACUCGACUUUAAUGAGGAAGUGAUCAUCAGAAGAUUUGACUAAUUGAUUCAUGAACGUACACAUUAUUUUUGACUAAAAGAAGAAGAGAAGAGUAAACCUGAUCUCAGUCUGACUUUAAUCCAGUCAGUCCUGAACAUGACGUGAACGUCUCCACAUCGAGCUGCUGUUCUGAUCCUGACGUCCUGACGUCUGAUUGGCUGAAAACAGUCCUGGAUUCAAAUUUUAUUAUCAGUCAAUCUGAAGCUCAGACACAAAGUUUCUAAUAAAACACUGGUGAUUUAUGGAUCAUGAUGAUGUGGAAGUGAACAGAAGGAACUCCAUGUUUCCUGGAGCCGGGUGCAGUGACAGGAAACAGACAGCAGGUGGAAGCAGAGAGAAGCUGGAGAUGAAGGAGCCGCCAGUUUAAUUAUUCAUUUAAAUCUUCUUCAGAAACAAACUGUCAUUAAAGUCAAAGACUCAUUUCCAUGAUUCUGCUCAAGACUUUGUUAUUCUGAAACAGCUGGAACCUUUUAAUCCUGAAUCAUGAUCUGAGUCCAGAUGAAAACUUGAAGAUCUGGUCUGAGGUCAGACUUGAAUGCUGAAGGACUCCUGCGGUCUGGACCUGAUCCUUCACCAGCGUCUCUAAGUCAGCUGGAGUUCACGAGUUCAGAGGAGAACCUGCUGCUUUCUGCUGACAGGAGUUGGUCCAGGUUCAGAUCCAGACACCUUCAGACCUUCAGACCUCUAGACCAUCAGACCUUCAGACCAUCAGACCUUCAGACCAUCAGACCUUUAGACUUUCAGACCAUUAGACCUUUAGACUUUUUGACCGUCAGACCUCUAGACCUUUAGACUUUUUGACCGUCAGACCUCUAGACCUUCAGACCUUUAGACCUGUAGACCGUCAGUCCUUCAGACCUUCAGACCAUCAGACCUUUAGACAUUUAGACCUUCAGACCAUCAGACCUUUAGACCGUCAGUCCUUCAGACCUUUAGACCUUCAGACCAUCAGACCUUUAGACCUUCAGACCAUUAGACCUUUAGACCUUCAGACCAUUAGACCUUUAGACUUUCUGACCUUCAGAUCAUCAGACCUUUAGACCUUCAGACCAUCAGACCUUUAGACCGUCAGUCCUUCAGACCUUUAGACCUUCAGACCAUUAGACCUUUAGACUUUCUGACCUUCAGACCUUUAGACCUUCAGACCAUCAGACCUUUAGACCGUCAGACCUUUAGACCUUUAGACCUUCAGACCAUUAGACCUUUAGACUUUCUGACCUUCAGACCUUUAGACCUUCAGACCAUCAGACCUUUAGACCUUCAGACCUUUAGACCUUUAGACCUUCAGACCAUUAGACCUUUAGACCGUCAGACCGUCAGACCAUCAGACCUUUAGACCUUUAGACCGUCAGUCCUUCGGACCUUUAGACCGUCAGACCAUCAGACCUUUAGACCGUCAGACCAUCAGACCUUUAGACCUUUAGACCGUCAGUCCUUCGGACUCUGUGGUUUUUCUGACUCAGUGCUGAUGGUCCAGCUCAAGGACUAAAGACCAGAGAGGCCGUCGUCCGUCCCUCAGUCUCCACCAUCUGUACCAUGAACCUGCUGCAGAGACGCUCAGACAGACGGGUCCAGACCCCCACCCCUCACUGUGGUGUAUGACCCCCCCGGCUCGUAUUUAGUCAACUAUCCAGCACCACUUGUGUAUUUCUGUGCAGUGAACAGCAGCAGUGGAGAGUCAGUGUAACAGUCAUGGCCGCUUCCCGCUCGUCGUCUGUAAAUAAACGUUGACAUUGAGAAGCCAUAUUGUAGUCGGGCCGGAGGCCGCGCUCGCUCGCGCUGCGUUUAGGAAACUUUGAUUUAGAUAUUUUAGUGUCUGUCAGUUUAUUUAUUCUGUUCAUCAUCGUUUCCUAACGGAUGAGUUUCUGUGAACAUGUUUUUUCCGGCUUCGCUGCGGCCUGAAUGUUUUGCCGCCGGCGUGCUGAUGAUAGCUGUACAUACUGUCCACUUCCUGUGAGGUCAUAGUGAAACAGUUUCGGAGGCUUAGAGGCAAAAAUAAAAAGUUUGAAAACAAA